AUGAGUACCUCAAAGUUGAUGGAGCUCCCUCAUGAUAUCCUCCUCAACAUCUUUUCAAAACUGCCGGCGAGAUCGCUUUUGCAGUUCCGGUGUGUCUCUAAGAGCUUAUGUCACCUAGUCGACGAUCCAGCUCGAGAUCGCUUUUGCAGUUCCGAUCUUGCUGCCAUGCACAUAGCAGCUACCAAUGAACACAUCGAUGUAGAAGUUAGGUUUCUUCCUCUUUCUUCUUACGGUUUGCGGUUUGUUUCUUGCGGUUUGCUUGGAUUUCAAAGUUAUGUUCAUGGAAAAUUUGGUUUAUACAAUCCUCUAAGAGGAGAAUACCUAUGGCUCCCAGAACCUGAAGAUAGAUACGAUAUUAUCAGGUGGGAGGGGUAUGGUAUGGGAUUCGAUAGUGUUACUAACACCCACAAGAUUGUCCAUUUUUUCAGUCAUGGCCAUCCGGACUCUAUGGGGAUGGUGGCUCGUGUUCAUGUUUUGGGUACAAGCUCGUGGAGAAGAAUACCCUCGGUUCCUCCUUGCAGCUUCAACGCUGUGGAAAAUGCAUAUGCAUAUGGAAGCAUGCAUUGGUUAGAAAGGGGAAACCCCCGGAUAAUAUCUUUUGAUUUUGUAGAAGAGAAGUUCCGAUGGACUAAUCCUCCUCGUCUCACCAUUCGAAGGGGAUCCGAACUAUUUUUGAUCAGUCUGAGAGGAUCUUUGGCGCUUGUUGAUGUUGUUUAUACUGAAAAUGUCUUUUAUUCUGAAAAGAAAGUUGAGAUAUGGGUGCACAAAGAACAGAAGUACUGGACAAAAGAUUACAGCAUGCCUUUAGAUUAUUGUUCCGGUGCCCUUUUUUCAUUUUAG